GUGGCGCUGUGCCCCGAUAUGUUUCUUUUCCGCGAUUAUUGCUGCGCUAGUUGUACGAGUGUAAUUACUAUCAAAAUUUUGGCAGUCCAAGUUGCGGUAAAGAUUCGCAUUAUUGAAAUGCUGCCGACGGCGAAAUUUCAUUAAAGAACAGUUUGUAACGCGGCUCGUGAUCGAAUAAACCGAAUCGAAUUCCGUGUCGUCUGCUCUGACGGAACUUCGUAAUUUUUGUUUCUUUUCGUUUCAUUAUAGCGUAGAAUAUUGGAACGAUAAACGACAACUGUAACCGGCUGUGAAAAAACACUUCGAUCAUGGCUAGUGUUUCUUACCAAAUAGCAAACUUGCUGGAAAAGAUGACAUCCACAGACAAGGAUUUUAGAUUUAUGGCAACCAAUGAUUUGAUGAGCGAACUACAGAAGGAUAAUAUCAAGCUGGACGAUGAUUCUGAGCGUAAAGUCGUUAAAAUGCUUUUAAAGUUAUUGGAAGACAAAAAUGGAGAAGUACAAAAUCUUGCUGUAAAAUGUUUGGGCCCAUUAGUGAAUAAAGUGAAGGAGUACCAGGUGGAAACGAUUGUAGACGCCCUGUGCAUCAACAUGGUAUCAGAUAAGGAACAGUUAAGGGAUAUUUCAAGUAUCGGCUUGAAGACCGUAAUAUCCGAGCUUCCUUUAGGAUCCAGUGCGCUAGUCGCGAACGUUUGUAAACGAAUAACUGGCCGACUGAGCAAUGCUAUAGAGAAACAGGAAGACGUGUCUGUACAACUCGAGGCACUGGAUAUUAUGGCUGACCUACUGUCUCGAUUUGGUGCUUUAUUAAUCACGUUCCAUUCCACUAUUUUGUCUGCGUUAUUACCACAACUCUCGUCACCACGUCAAGCAGUUCGGAAGCGUACUAUAAUAGCUUUGAGUCACCUCUUAACGUCGAGUAACAAUUACUUGUACAACAAACUUUUGGAUCAUCUUUUAGAAGGUCUUUGUACACAAACCGAAAAGAAUGUGAUACGUACUUAUAUACAGUGCAUUGCUUCCAUUUGCCGUCAAGCGGGGCACAGAUUUGGCGAGCAAAUAGAGAAAGUCAUGCCGUUAAUUGUACAAUAUAGCAACGAGGACGAUGACGAAUUAAGAGAAUAUUGUCUACAAGCGUUUGAAUCUUUUGUAUACAGAUGCCCAAAAGAAAUUACACCACAUAUAAACAAAAUCAUCGAAAUUUGUUUGGCUUAUAUCACGUAUGACCCGAACUACAAUUACGAUGACGAUAUGAAUGACAUGUCCGAUGGGGAAGACGUUAUGAUGGAAGUGGAAGAAGAUGGAGAGGAGGACGCGGAGGAUGAAUACUCGGACGAUGACGAUAUGAGUUGGAAAGUUCGUAGGGCGGCUGCGAAAUGCCUUGAAGCUGUUGUAUCUAGUAGACGAGAGCUUCUGCCCGAACUUUAUAAAGUCGUUUCCCCAGCUUUGAUCGCAAGAUUUAAAGAAAGGGAGGAAAACGUAAAGUCAGAUAUUUUCCACGCGUACAUCGCCCUUCUGAGGCAAACAAGACCAGCGUCUGGUGUAGCCCUCGAUCCCGACGCGAUGGAGGACGAUGACGGGCCGAUCGCGUUGCUUCAGCAACAAGUCCCGUUGAUCGUAAAAGCCGUUCAUCGUCAGAUGAAAGAGAAGAGCAUAAAGACCAGACAGGAUUGUUUCUCGCUGUUGAAGGAAUUAGUACUCGUGCUGCCAGGUGCUUUGAGCAAUCAUAUACCAGCGUUAAUACCUGGUAUACAAUAUUCUCUGGGGGAGAAGAAUUCCUCGUCGAACAUGAAGAUCGACACGUUGGCUUUUGUACAUACGUUGUUAAUAACCCAUCAACCUGACGCGUUCCACGCACAUAUGGCGGUGUUGGCGCCUCCGAUUAUCGCCUCUGUCAGUGACCCGUUUUACAAAAUCACGGCCGAAGCGUUGCUGGUCUUGCAGCAACUUGUACAAGUCAUCAGACCUCACGAGAAAACGUGUUACUUCGAUUUCACGUCGUUGUCUGGAGAGAUUUAUCGUUGUACGUUAAUGAGAUUGAAAACGGCGGACAUCGAUCAGGAAGUGAAGGAGAGAGCAAUCGCUUGCAUGGGUCAGAUUCUCGCGCAUUUCGGUGACACUUUAUCGGAUGAGUUGCACGUAUGCCUUCCUAUAUUCUUAGACAGGCUCCGUAAUGAAAUUACGCGACUUACUACAGUGAAAGCUUUAACGUGUAUAGCAUCGUCUCCUUUGAGAGUAGAUCUCAAUCAAAUUAUGGAAGAAGCAAUUCCGAUUCUUGGGUCCUUCUUAAGAAAAAAUCAACGAGCCUUGAAAUUAUGCUCUCUUCCACUUUUGGACACUCUCGUUCGAAAUUAUAGUUCUACUCUUCAUGCAGAUUUGUUAGAUAAGGUUACCACGGAAUUACCAGCGUUAUUAAAUGAGGCUGAUUUACAUAUCGCGCAAUUAACUCUUAAUCUUCUAACGACCAUAGCAAAACUGCAUCCGGUCGCGCUUACUAGGGUUGCCGACAACAUCCUUCCAGAGAUACUAGUUUUGGUGAAGUCUCCACUUCUUCAAGGAGUGGCUUUGAACUCGAUGCUAGACUUUUUCCAAGCCUUGGUACAGGCAGAUAUACCAGACCUCGGAUACAGAGAAUUGCUGUCGAUGCUUUUGGCUCCGGUCAACCAGUCUGUACUUCACAAACAAGCUUAUCAUUCCCUGGCCAAGUGUGCAGCCGCGUUGACGAUCACUUGGCAUGAUGAAGCCCAGGCAGUGGUCGAACAAUUUUUGAGAGACGUUCAGGACCCUCAGAGCGACGCGCAACACAUUUUCGCAUUGCUGGUCAUCGGUGAAAUAGGCAGACACGUAGAUCUGAGCGGUAUCGCGUCUCUAAAGCAUAUAAUUCUAAACUCGUUUUCCUGCCACUCGGAGGAAGUGAAAUCGGCGGCUAGUUACACGUUAGGUAACAUAGCUGUUGGAAACCUACCGGAGUACUUGCCGUUUAUAUUGAAAGAGAUCGAAGCGCAGCCGAAGCGUCAAUAUCUUCUCUUACACUCGUUAAAAGAGAUUAUCACGUGUCAGUCAGCUAGUCCGUCUGGUGUUUCUCACUUGCAAAAUUUCGUGCCUUCGAUCUGGAUGCUUUUGUACAGGCACUGCGAAUGCACGGAGGAAGGCACGCGUAACGUCGUGGCCGAGUGUCUAGGUAAACUCACUCUAAUAGAUCCGGUCACUUUGUUACCCAGAUUGCAGGAGUCAUUAAAAUCACUGUCUCCGCUUAUGAGAACCACAACAGUCACCGCUGUUAAAUUCACCAUUUCCGAUCAGCCACAACAAAUCGAUGCUAUGUUAAAAAAUUGCAUGGGCAAUUUCUUAGUCGCUCUAGAGGAUCCUGAUUUGAACGUGAGGAGGGUAGCUUUAGUUGCAUUUAACUCGGCGGCACACAAUAAACCGAUGCUCAUAAGAGACUUGUUAGAUUCCGUGUUGCCACAUCUUUAUACCGAAACUAAGAUAAAGAAAGAACUGAUAAGAGAGGUCGAGAUGGGUCCCUUCAAACACACGGUAGACGAUGGCUUAGAUCUCAGAAAAGCUGCAUUCGAAUGCAUGUACACGUUGCUCGAUUCUUGUCUCGAUCGACUCGACGUAUUCGAAUUUUUGAACCACGUCGAGAACGGUCUCAGAGAUCACUAUGAUAUUAAGAUGCUAACUUAUUUAAUGACCGCCAGACUGGCUCAGUUAUGUCCGACAGCAGUCUUGCAGAGGUUGGAACGACUGGUGGAACCGUUGAAGAGCACUUGUACAAUGAAAGUAAAAGCUAAUUCGGUGAAACAGGAGUACGAGAAACAGGACGAACUUAAACGUUCGGCAUUGAGAGCUGUGGCAGCGUUGUUAACUAUCCCAGAUGCAGACAAAAAUCCAUCGUUAAGCGAAUUCGUGACGCAGAUCAAAUCAACGCCCGAACUCCAACCACUUUUCGAGAUGAUUCAGAAGGAUUGUAACGGGAGUAACAUGAACGAAACCAACGUGAUGGAUCAGAGCUAAAAUGUCUACGACUUACUUUUGUAUUUCACCGAAAAUCGCUGUUAGCUAAGCAUCCACGGUCAUAUUACUCAUAGUUUAUUUCUAUACGUUAUUUUUUCAUUAUUAUCUUCGAUCUGAACUGUAGUUUGAAAUGAAUGUGAUCAUGUAACACGUCAUGUAUAAAUUAUAAAAUAAAUUUGCCAAUUGUAAGCAUCUUACAGUAACGUACCGGUUACCCUUUUAGUAAUAAAUUAUACCGGAAACGAG